AUGGAGCUCUCUGCGGGGGUGUUGCGGCAUCUGGGCUAUCUGUACUUCACGGGUGACCAGACAAAGGAUACCGGCCCCCUGAUAAAGGGAAUAACGCAGUGGACGGAGUACUUCGACUUCAACUGGCAGGCCAUUCUGGGUAAAGGGGAAGAAGCCUUCCGGGAAACAUACGUGGUGCAUAUUGAUUACUUAGACCUGCUCAACACCGAUGUCCCUGGAGGAGUGGAGGUUUUUAAACACAACAUAUGCUCCAAGCCCGCGUUCUUGCUCAGCUGCAUGUCUGCAGGACUCCACAUCUCGGCAUGCAAGAGAUUUGGCCGCAACAGCCUGAUUGACAAGCACCUGGACGGCAGGAAUGCCGGUGGCGACGUUUCGGAUACAUCCGCUUCAUCGGUUUCGUUGGACGCCGCUGGCGCCACGGAUAUGCAAUGCAAGCGCAGCGAUAUCGCAACGACACUGCUUGGCAAUGGCUUGUGCAAACACGUAUUCUUCAUGGACGUGUUGCCGCAAUAUGUGACCCUUCGGUUGCAAAACUUCUUUCCGCGUUCGCCCUUCAGCGUGCUGCGCAGCCAUGCCAUCGGGUGCCUGGUCAGCAUUGCGGGGCAGGUCAUCAGGAUCAGCACCACAACCCCCAUGAUCAUCUCUGGAAUGUUCACAUGCGCGAAAUGCGGGUGCCACUUCUUCAAAAAGUUCAAGGAUGGGCUGUUCGAGUACCCGUCCCGCUGUUUCACCGAGGGAUGCACAUGGCGCGCGUCGCACUUCCAGCGCCAUUGCGUGCAAACCACAAGCUCUCAGGUUGUGAGGAUCCAGGAGGAUUCGCGCAUGGACACCAGCGCAAGCGCCCGCUACGGUGACUCGGCUGUCGGUACCUACGUAGACGUUGAGCUAACUGGCGACCUCGUGGACCAGUGCAGCCCAGGCAAUCUCGUCGACAUUGUAGGGAUUGUGGACGCUACGCCGUGCUUGGUUAAUGAGGACCUGACUGGCCACAACUCCACGUAUAACAUCGUCGUGAAGGCGGUGUCUAUGAACGUUUUGAACAAGCGCAUGACACGCUUUUCACAGGACGCAUACGGCGCCCGAGGAUUCCGAUGGGGAAUCACCAACGGCAUCCCUGACCAUCAAAUGAACUCCCGUAAAACCUGGAAGGGCCUGCCCACGUCGGCGCAGACACAGGACACCAAUAGCGUGGCUUCGCAAGACGAUAACGCAACCGGAGAUUCUGGGCUGUACAACUUCAUUCGCGAAAUUUACUACAGCGAGCCAAACAGGUUCUACCUGGCUGCCGCGUCGCUAUGUCGUGCGGCUGUGGGACGGCCCUAUAUCAAAGGUGUGGUUUGA